AUCUUAGCUAUAAUAAUAUAGGUGUUGAAGGAGGAAAAGCGUUGGCAGAGCCACUUUAUAUAAAUACUAUAACUACUUUAAAUCUUUAUGGUACUAGUAUUGGUAUUGAAGGAAGGAAUGCAAUGGCAAAUGCUUCUCAUAAAAAUAAUACUUUAAUCUACUUGAGAACAGGUUUUUUUAAAUAA